AAGAGCAAACUUCUAAGGUUUCUGAGAGAUGGGAUUAGAGACUUGUGGAAACUGCCUGAGUUGUCUGCUGAUCCCUCUUGCACUUUGGAGUAUUGUUGUUAACAUCCUAUUAUACUUCCCAAAUGGAAAGACUUCAUAUGCUGCCAGUUACCAGCUUCCCAACCACGUGUGGUAUUUUGAAGGGAUCUGUUUCUCAGGUGUGAUGAUCCUUUUGUUAGCAGUAAUUCUAAUAACACUGGAGAGUAACUUGUUCUAUCGGUGCUGCCAGAGUGAGAGCUGUAAUAAAACCUACAGGAGUUUUAUUUCAAUUGUGCUAGCUGUGCUUGGGAUUGCUUUCUCUGGGUAUAGUUCUAUCGUUUCUGCUGUGGGAUUGUUCCAAGGCCCCUUCUGCAAUUCCUCAACUGGAUGGGAUUAUAUUUUCAGAGACACCGCUGGAGGGUACCUCACAAAUUACUCUGCUUGGUCUCAGUGCACUGAACCUGCAAACAUAGUGGAAUGGAACAUCAUUUUACUCUCUAUCCUGAUAGCACUUAGUGGACUUCAGAUGAUCAUCUGUUUCCUCAAAGUGGCUGCUGAGUUGAAACGCACACUCUGUGGGACCUAUUCUGUCUUUGUUCAGGCUGGGAUUAUCUGAAAUGGCAAGGAACUCUUCACUGCUACAAAAAAAAAAAAAAAAGAGAGAGAAAUGGCUUCUCCAGCAUUUCCUAGGGUAGAUUUGGGUGCUGCGAAGACAAAUGAAACACUUGUCCUAAACUUUCUCCCUCAAACCUCUUUAUUUUGGAUAAAGUUAAAUGAAUUGUUUAAAGGCUAAAGGCUGAACUGCAGUGCAUUU